GAAAUGUGUUAACCUGCAGGAGUUCAAGUACGGUUACCUGGUGGUCACCCUCACCCCGGGCGCAACGUGAAUGGGUGUUCGGCUUCGUUCGCUCGGAUUUUACGCAGCGCAAGGCCAAGUGGGGGCAUGUCUCGACGGUGUGGUGUUUUUUGUUGUUGUUUCUUCGUUCACGUUCUCCACUUUUCCAAGAGUUUUGUUCAAAAUCGUGCAUAAAGUGAAGGUGUGUUUGUAAUUUUCAAUGCUACGGUGUAUUUUCCAGUUCUUGUGCGUGUUACAUUGAAUGUGGAUGGGACAAAAAUGGGAGAUAGAACCCGCAUAAAUCGUCUGCAAAACGCGCGUGGUUUCAAGGCCAAACGAUAAACAAAGCGCAGCUGACUACGAUUCGAGUGUGAGUGAGAAAACGCGCCGCUGAUUCAUCUGCACAGGGUGACUCAAGCAGUCCGAGUAUCUUCGGAGUUUUUGAAUCUAGUUUAGGGCUAGUUGGAUCUGCAGAAACCGAACGACCGACUGUAGCGUCCCCUAUCUACGGUCGCGCCACAUCUCGGAGAAUCUACUACAAUAAACUGGAAGCUGAUAAGAACGAUAACUAUCAGUGACCAUCAGGGAGACAGGCGUAGCAUGCGCAGCAUCAUCUUGAGGAGAUCCUACAAGCGAACAGUGGAAGUUAGUGCUGCCACUAGCCGUGCGGCCAACAGCAGAUCGAAUAAUUUUGCCGACCAUUUCCGACCUCGAAACAUACGGUGAUGGAUCUUGCAACGGUUAUGCCGGAUCCAGCCGUGGAUCCGGCCGGUAUCAGUCGCAACGAAGCGAAGCUGCUGGCGAUCGUGGCCCUUGGCGCUGGUAGUUUUGUUUGCGGUGUCCUACCCCUCUGCUGUUCGCAGCGGAACCGCGAACGCUAUCCACGGCUGCUUUCGUUUCUCCUGUGCUUCGGAGCGGGCGUCCUGUUGGCUACGGCCAUCGUGCAUAUGCUACCAGAGAUCCGUUCGGCGUUGCAGCAGUACGCGGAGAUCGUGUUCUGUGGAGGGUUCUUUCUUAUGUACACCAUCGACGAGGUGAUGGUGCUGUGUGGUGUUGGAGAGCACAAUCACGAGGGCGAGAGUAGUGCAGAGCAAGCGGUAGCAGUACGUCGAAGGAAUAGUCUUGACGCGGAAUCGGAUGCCGCCAGUACGACUAGCGGAGGCCGAGGGUACGGUUCGAAUGCCGAAACGGAAUCAUUGCUCAAGUUCCAGUCCAGGAGCAUAUCUGAAACGCAGCUGCCAAGGGACAGUGAGCCAUCAAUUGGUCCAUCCAACAGCAAUCGAUGCGCGGCUCCAAGAGGAUCGACUCAAGCUUCGAACGAGGUGCACCUCACCGGUGUCUUCGGGCUAUUGCUUGCACUCAGUCUGCACUCGCUUCUGGAAGGGCUAGCGAUCGGGGUACAGAACUCGCCCACCAAGGUUCUGCUCCUACUCGGUGCCGUUAGCGCGCACAAAUUCGUCGUCGGCUUUGCGCUCGGUGUGGAGUUGUGUACGCACGGAUCGCGCCAUCGCUGCUCACACGUGCUGCAGGUGCUCACGUUUUCGCUCGGAUCGGUGGCCGGCAUCGGCAUGGGCAUGGGGCUCGACGGUUUAAACGAAGCGUUGACCGAUGUGGUGAUGCCGAUUCUGCAGGGACUGGCCGGUGGUACAUUGCUUUAUGUCACCGUAAGCGAGGUUUUACCGCGCGAACGGCGCAAGCGAUCACGAAUCUCAGCAGGCAUUGGACCGCUGCAGUUGAUUGCUGUGCUGCUCGGGUUUUCGCUAAUGUCUGCCCUUAGCCUACUACUAACCGACGAGUGAAUCAUCAGUUUCAUAUCCAAAGCAACCGUAGCUGUGUGUACCUCCUAAUCUUAUUCGACGGAUAUUUUGGCAGCCAUGAAAACGAGCAAAAAAUCAAUAACUGUUCGGUGGGAACUGGAAUGGAAAGCCAAUGAGAACUGAUCUAAAGAUGCCAAAAGAAAUAGGAAUAUGCCCAAUCGUUUGCCUUAAUAUACAAAAACAACCCUACUCUCUGCCGAGGGUUAGCAUUUUUUAUAAUAAAAUACCAUAAACUAGU